CUCUCCAGAUAUCCUAUCAAAGAGAAAGCCUUUCAAUUUUCAGUCUGAAGUGAUACUGAUUCAAAGCCAGUCAUGAGGUACUUUGACAAGGAAACUAAGGCUAAUGUCAAGCCUUCACUGAAAAGGAAGCUGAAAAGACAGGCAAGGGAUAUUAAAAAGUUCCCCUCUGAGGGGAAGUCUCAGGAGGAAAAGGAAGAGGUGUAUGUGAUCGGAGGGAAGGAAACGCUGAGGAAAAGGUACAAGUUCAAGACCCGUGGGAAAUUCAAAGUCACAAAUAUGGAUGACUUCAAGGACAAAGAAGCAGAGGAGGAAGAAUCCAAGGGCCCCGACCCGUUCCCCGGGCCGGCUCCCAUCCCCAUCAAGAAGUUCCAGCGACACAAUCGAGGCGAGGGGAUUCGAGUGAGAGGUGUGAAGACGAAGUUGUGGAAGAAGAAGUGGCACUUGAAAGACCAACAGAUGAAAUGGACGGCCGAGCAGGCGGCCAGGACAGAGAUACUUCUCACCGAAUCUGCAGGGUUUCUACAGCCUGGGAAAGGGGAAGACACUUCCCUCUAUAAUCCCCCUUCCGUCCCGGUACAACGUCGGUAUCUGACCGUGACCAAGAGACUACUCAACGAGAUGAACGUCAUGGAGUCUGUACAUGAUGUCCAGUGGUUUCACAAUGAGAAUAUGUAUGCUGUGGCCCAGAAGGAAUGGGUGUAUGUGUAUGACAGCAAGGGUGUUGAACUUCAUUGCCUGAAGGCCUUGGAUCGUGUGCUUCGCAUGGAAUUCCUCCCUUACCACUUCCUCCUUGCCGCCUCGAUACUCGCUCCUAUGAACUCAACCGACCUACAUAGUUAUCCCUUUUACCACAGGGUCAAGUUGAGAGCUAGAGGGACCAUGAGCAUGUGGACCCCAAACGUGAAGGAGCCAGUGGCCAAGAUGUUGUGUCACCUCACAGCCGUCAAAGCCGUUGCUGUGGACCCCAAGGGAAUGUUAGGAGGAACGGGGGCAUCUGAAUUGCAGUUCAGUCAAAGGGGCCUCCUGGCUGCAUCUCUUGGUAAUGUUGUUGAGAUCUACAAGGACAGCUGUAGAAGGACAGUGAGAAAGCCAUACCUGUGUCACCGUCACAAACACGUUGUGACAGGAUUAGAGUUCUGCCCAUAUGAGGAUGUGCUUGGAGUUGGCCAUUCACAAGGCUUCAUGUCUCUUCUCAUUCCUGGAGCGGGAGAACCCAACUUUGAUGCAUUGGAAAGCAAUCCAUUCCAGUCAAAGGCUCAAAGGCGAGAAGCAGAGGUCAAGGCUCUGUUGGAGAAGAUAUUAACACAACAACCCGUAAACGUCAUCCAACCGGAUUUGAUCACUUUGGACCCGGGAGAGUUGGGGGAAGUGGAUACUCCAACACUAGGAGAGAAGAUGGAUGCAAAGAAGAAGCUUCUUUACGUCAAGGUCCCCGAGAUGAAUCUGACCCAUCGGAAAAGAAAAGGGAAGGUCGGCAAGGUCAGGGAGGAAGUCAGGCAGAGGCUCAUCAAGGAAAAACGCCAGGCUGUUCCAGAGGAGAAGAAGGAACCAGAGGAGACGAUCUUCCACCCUCUCAAUCGCUUCCGCCCAAAGUCCUCCUGA